AUGGUCAGUUUUAAUUCAUCUGAGUUUGCAAAGUUUAAGAUCAUCAAAUCGUUUAACAUCGAAGCCGCCACUGUAAUUCAAGUACCCCGCUGGGUUUUCAGAUUCUCGAAGAGGCUUUUGGGAUUUGGGAUGGCAGCGAUUUAUAGUCUUUACAUCAUCAACAAGUCUGGUGGAUUGAUCUACUACAAGGAUUAUGGUUCAGCUGGACGAAUGGAUACAAAUGAUACCUUACGAGUGGCUAGCUUAUGGCAUUCAAUGCAUGCCAUCUCUCAGCAGUUAUCACCUGUGUCAGGUUGUUCAGGAAUUGAACUACUCCAAGCUGACACUUUUGAUCUCCAUUGCUUCCAAUCUCUAACAGGCACGAAGUUUUUUGCAGUAUGUGAGCCUGGCACUCAACAGAUAGAAAGUUUAUUGAAAUUUGUAUACGAAUUGUAUACGGACUAUGUUUUGAAGAACCCUUUCUAUGAGAUAGAGAUGCCUAUUCGAUGUGAGCUGUUUGAUAUCAUCCUAACUCAGUCAGUACAAAAGGAUCGUGUUGCGCUGCUGGGUCAAUAA